ACCCAACCUCCCCUCCCUCUCGUUCACCUCCCAUGACCUCUUCCACCACCCUCCUCCCCCCAUCUCCAAAUCUGCCAGCACCAGCAACCUCUUCUCCUCCUCCUUUGUUUUCCAAUCUUCCUCUGCCCUCGACGCCGCAAGACUUCCGCCUUCCAUCCCUCUCCUCUCCUUCUUCAGCUCGUCCUCCCCCUUGCACCUCUAG